AUGAAAAUAAUUUUAAUCUUAACAUUUUUCCUUUUUUUCGAAAGAUACUACUUUUUGAAUAUUCAAAAGAGGAAAACUUAUUAUUUCCUGAACAACAAAAAUAAUUUUAGGAAAAAAGAAAAACAUGUUUGCAAGAGUUUAAAAUGUAAAUUAGAAGGCAUAGAAUAUAAAGUUCACAAUUUGGACAAUUCAACUGAUUUUUACAAAAAUGUAUUAGGUUUCAAAAUUUUAGAAAAAGGAAAUAAUUUCGCUAAAAUUUUUUUAGGAGUUAAUGAAGCCUAUAUAAAAAUAAUACAAAAAGAUGAAGAGAACAUGACCAUAGGGGAGCAUUCUUUCCUUGGUUUGGGAAUACAUUUAAAAGAAUUUGAUAUAGAUAAAACAAAAACUUACAAAGGAAAUGUGGAGGAGGAAAUUGAAAAAAGACCUAUCACAGCUUGUAUAUUGCCAGAUGAAGAUGCACAAGUCAGGAGGUUUUGGACCAACUGUUUCAUAACUGACCCAGACGGUUAUGGUAUAGAAGUAGUGUUGCAAGAUGAUGGAAGCAAGCUUAAUAGGAUUAGACUGUUUACAACAUCAACAAAAGAUUCUCAGAAGUUUUAUUCCGAUAUAUUGGGCAUGGAUCUGGUUAAAAUACAGAGUCAUUUAGAAGAAAUUUCAUACCCCUGGAAUAUUUAUGGAGGUAUGAGUUAUUUUUAUUCCUCAAAAAAAAAUUUAACCUUACUACAAUUAGCAUAUGCAUAUGAUGAGGAUAAGCUGCACAUGGGGAAUUCCCUGGGAAAUAUAAUUUUAAGUUUCGAUGAUUUAAAUGCAGUUGAAAAAAGGCUACGAGAAAAUAACAUCGAAAUAGUAAAGUGCCAAAAUGGCAUGUUAGUGAAAGACACGGACGGAUAUGAUGUUUACUUGAAGGGGAAUAAAUGA